GCGCCGGAGAGGACGGGCGUGUCCGUAAAGCGCCGCCGCCGUCGUCAAUAAUUGCGACCUCUCUGGGCCCAAACAGGUCAACCCGCCUCUCUCUCUCCCCCUCUCGCUUUCUUCCCUCUCUCUCUCUCUCUAAAAUCGGUGAGCUGAGUGAGAGACUUUGGAGUGAGCCCUCUGUAGCUGUCCACUGUCAGUGUCAGUGACAGAGCUCUCUUCACCACCGCUGGGCAGGGUAAGAUGGCGGCCGAGCAGGGGGAGGUGGAGGUGAUUCACUCAUGGUCCGCCCCGCGAUCGCUCAGCACCAGCCUCACGUACUCCUUCCACCAGAGGGAUGACACUGAAGUGCUCGAUGAACCACUCUACGCAACUUUCCUCCAGGUGACAGGUGCUGAGAGGCCUUACCGUGAGGAUGUUUUGUCAAAAAUGGAAAAUGAUGGUGACAAAGUCGUAAAAGAUGUCAUAUUUGGCCCAGGAAGCAAGAAGUAUCGGUUUUGCAAGCAUAUGGCAAAGCAAAGGGUUCCAGGUCUGCCAUCUGAUUUGAUGAAGAAAGGAAAACAUUUCAUCUUGAUCCGGAAUCCCCUUGACAUACUGCCCUCCUUUGACAAGGUCGUGCCACCAUCCUUUCUCGAGUUAGGUCUUGGUGAACUAGUUUCCAUAUACAGUGAGCUCUGCGAUUUGGGUACACCUCCUCCUGUUAUUGAUGCAGCAGAUCUGCACGAAAAUCCUGAGGCUACAUUACAGUGUCUUUGUGAAGAUCUACAGAUUCCUUUUCAGUCUUCUAUGCUCAAAUGGGAAGCUGGUCCUAAACCUAUAGAUGGCAUUUGGGCUCCGUGGUGGUACAAAAGUGUCCAUAAAUCAACUGGCUUUGCCUCAGAAAGAAAGUAUCCAGCAGAAUUUCCUUUCUCUCUCUACCACCUGUUGGAACAAAGUUUACCAUUCUACAACUUGUUGAAGCGGCAAGUGAAACGAGUGUCAUCUCUACCUCCUCCUGAUCUUCCUGUACCUGCAAACGAGAAGCUACUUGCUUGGGUUGGUGAUGAGAUCUUACCCCGUGAAAGUGCAAAGGUUUCCGUCUUCGACUCGGUUGUCCAAGGUGGUGAUUCAGUAUGGGAGGGGCUUCGAAUUUAUGAUGGGAAGGUCUUCAAGCUUGAGGAGCAUUUGGAUAGGUUGUUUGAUUCUGCCAAAGCUCUGGCUUUCGAAAAUGUUCCUACACGAGGAGAGAUCAAAGAUGCCAUCUUCAAAACGCUAAUCAGAAAUGGAAUGUUCAAUAAUGCACACAUCAGGUUAUCACUGACUCGUGGCAAAAAGGUCACUUCGGGGAUGAGCCCUGCAUUCAAUCGUUAUGGUUGCACAUUAAUUGUCCUUCCUGAAUGGAAACCACCUGUAUAUGACAAUACUAAAGGAAUCACUCUAGUGACUGCUACAACUCGUCGCAACUCUCCAAAUAACUUGGAUUCAAAGAUUCAUCAUAACAAUCUUCUCAACAACAUUCUUGCCAAGAUAGAAGGAAACAAUGCAAAUGCUGAUGAUGCAAUUAUGCUCGACAAAGAUGGUUAUGUCUCUGAAACAAAUGCUACAAACAUCUUUCUAGUGAAGAAAGGCCGUGUUUUGACACCCCAUGCUGAUUACUGCCUUCCUGGCAUCACUCGGGCAACUGUCAUGGACCUCGUGGUGAAGGAAAACUUGAUCUUAGAAGAGCGAAGAAUCAGCCUGUCAGAGUUCCAUACUGCAGAUGAGGUAUGGACAACAGGGACCAUGGGAGAGAUCAGCCCAGUUGUCAAGAUCGAUGGAAGAUUAGUUGGAGAUGGCCAAGUGGGACCUGUAACUCGGAGAUUGCAAAAUGCAUACAAGAACCUCACUGAUGCAUCAGGAGUGCCCAUUCCAACAUAUCGCGAGGCCUAAUGUGAAAGGCUACCUUCCAGUUGCUGUGGUGAAAAGUUUUAGGUGAUCAAGACAAUAAUGAUACUACUGCAAUAUGGGAACUUGUUUCAUGGAAUAGAACAGAACAGGAGACGAAGUGUUAGAAUAAGUGAUGCCACGUAAGGAAGUGCCCUCAGAAGUCGGAAAAAAUUGUGAAGAGCUAUUCUCUUGAUGUUAGUUUCUUAAAAAUAAGCAUUGCGGAUGAUGGAAUAAAUACAAUGCUCAGGCCCGAAACUAUGCUGUUUGAUAUGAUCAUAGUAGUGACUGCAAGGACAUAAUACUUUCUCCUCCUUUCUAAUAAAUGGAAGAAGGAACUUGUUUGGGUAUGGAAUGAACUGAAAGAGAUUUAUGGAUA